AUGAAUGAAAACUACGAUGAUUUUAUUAAACGGUUUAAAAGAUAUGAUAAAUGGAUUAUAUUUUAUGAAAAAAAUAUUGCUUCUCCCGUAAUUAAACAUCGUAGUGCCCGGGGUUCUUUAGCUUCUAAAGUGAAAGACAUAAUGUAUGUCGUUUUUAAAGAAUUUAACCUUCCCACAAUCCCUGCUUUAAACACUGCAUUAAAGGAAAGCGAAAUAAGAAAAUGGAAAGGGAGCCCAGCCGUGAAAAAUUGUUACGGCAAAAAUCAAUUAUCUAAUAUGCAAAUUGCAUAUGCAAUAAGUAUUUGUGAAAUUAUUUUAAAUCUGAAAAAUUUACAUAUUCAGGUUACAGAAUCUGUCAUAAAACCCGUUUUAACGAAGAAUUUGACAAACAAAGGAGUUGAUGAAGCAGCAGAAGUUGAUGAAGCAGAAGAAGUAGCUGACGAAGCAGAAGAAGUAUUACAAGAAGAGGAAGAAAACGAGAUAAGAGAAGAAGACGAGGAGGAAGGCGGAAGAAUUUAUAUAAGUAGUACGGAUGAAGAGACAAAAGAAAGAAUGAGGCGAUUAAAAAAACAAUAUAAAAAAUAA